AUGAAGCUCCCUUCCGGCUACUCCGGCGGUUUGAUUCCCUGCCUCUACCUCAUCUCGGGCAACAACCCGAAGUACACCGACCCUCACGACGAGAUCGACCUGGAAUUUAUCGGCGGAAAUACCCCGAAGGAUAUAAUUCUGCACACGAAUCUGAUCACGGGCGGGCAGGUGUACCUGCAGCAGUACAAGUUCCCCUUCGACCCCUCCGCCGCGUUUCACACCUACACCAUCGUCUACUCGCCGGAUUACGUCAUGUGGGCCAUCGAUGACACCCCCAUCCGCAUCCACUAUAAGGAGAGCGGCCGCCCCUUCCCAUCCGAGAACGUCAAGUUCGAGGGUUCCAUCUGGGACGCGUCGUCGUGGAGCCAGCUGAAGCCCAACUGGGGCAACGGGCCCAAGGAGGUGAUUUUCCGCCGCUUCGAUGUGCGCCGCACGUGCAAGGCGUCGGGGCAGACGGGCCGCCCGUGGUGCAAUAGCCUGCAGGGCAACAAGGCCCCCUGGGCGCGCAGGCCCAGCGCGGCCGCUAUCGCGCGCAGCAACGAUUUCCGGAAGAACUACCUGGUGAAGGACUAUGGCUGGUCGCGCACAUAA